AUGUGGUACUCCUCCAAAUCCGUCCCAUCGUCUGGUAACAAUAUCUUAAGUAAACAGCGCGUUAAACGUCGUUUCGCCGCCAUGUUGCGUGCUUGCUUGCUCGUCUGUUCGCUCGUGUCCGGAACCGAGCUCUCAUUUCAAUAUCAGCCCUAUCGUCGAAGCAAUGAGCCUUGUAAGAUAUGCUAUGGGGAAGACUGCCUGCAGAUGAACCAGGCAAGGUGCGAGUACUACGUGGAAACAGAUGAGAUACUGCAUGAAGAAAAGAUCGAGGAAGUUGAUAAUCAUGAGAUGAGGGAGGAAGUAGAUCGAUUGAUGUACCGGUUUAUGGAGAAAGCAUCUGAUGCCAACACUGAAUGUAUACCACUAGUAUCUCCAAUAUGCGGAUUGCACCCUAAAGAAAACAUAUGUGUCGGUUGCAAGACUUGCAGCUGUGACCUUAGCGGCAGCUGGAACUGCACCACGGUGAGCCGGUGCCGAGCUGACGUCGUCACCGACAUCGACCAUCGCAUGCUAGUCUUCAUCAUUGAGAAUCUUAUGAACGAUAUUUGA